AGAGUUUUAUACAAUGAUAUGGGAGUUUGUACAGAAACAACAUGAUGAGCAUAUCAAGAUUAGACUAGAAUGUAUCGAUUUUUUUAAAUCAAAAGCAGAGGCAAACGAACUUAUUGACGAGCUGGUUAAGAUGUUUUGCGACCUUUACAAAAAAUGCGCUACCACGUAUGCAGCACGUGAGAGAUAUGCAAGGUUUCUUUGUGCGUGGUUAAAUGCAUUAACCGUUUAUAUAAAUAGUGAAAACUGCAUCAAUAGGAACACAACUUGGGGACGAUGCAUGCAAGCGUUCGAAUUACAUGUAGGCCUAGCACCAUUUUCAGCAAAUGAUGCAAGUGCCGUCUUUCAUUCCAUUGCACAUGCCAUUGCAGAUACUCUGCGCACAUCGAUUCUAACUCUUGCUAAAACCACUUGUAUUCUUCGCCACGGUGAUGACGAGACAACCCCGACAAAUCUGCACGAAGAGACUGAAUAUUCGCUAUUGCGUAUAGGAGGGGGCUGUCUGGCCAAAUUAAUCCACUUCCUGCGUGCUCAUAGCCAGGGCAAAUGGAAAAAGAAAAAAUUUUACGCAGAAGUUCUGAACCUGGCCAAGGCAUGCACGAUGACAUCUGCUCAAAAGAAGCAAGCUCUGUUGCCAACUGGUCUUGCCACUAGAGAUAAAGGUUACAUGUGGAUCCCAAAGCGGUUUUUCCUCACCUGGCUAAGAAGACUGAACAACGCAGUAUGCCUCGUUGCAAAUAAGGAAUCAUUCACUCAGCAUGGCAGUGAACUCGUAAAGGUUACUGUUGCACAAGUGAAGGCAUCUGAUCACCUUAGAACAUGUUUUGUUGAAGCUGUGAACUACUCACUAAGGAUGGAAAAGGCUAUAUGUAGCCAAGAGGCUAUAGACACAUUUUUUGUUAUGUGGCAACAGAAAUUUGUUCACGCCAGACUUAAUGAAUUUAUAUCAUCAUAUAUGCAAAUUCAGGCUGAAAAAGAAGGGUUCAGCACAACACCAGGUGGUUUCAACUUGAGAGACAAUUUAUAUGGCUAUGUAAAUGUUAAAUCCAAAUAAGCAGCCUACGGCCCUACACAUGUAAGCUCUUUACAUAAUCGUAAUGUCACACACAUUUAAACAUAGGCCUAUUAUGCAUAUAUGUUGUUAUAUUGCAUCACCAAUCUAUUUCUGCCGUUAUAAAACAAUUAUUUCGUUGUUGUACAACACUGGUGUCAUAGUGUUAGUGUGUGCGUGUCUAUAAAAUUGUGUGCCACUGCCUCACAAUGACUUUAAUACAAACAAACAGAUCAAUGUUACAAUUAUA